AUGAAACUGCAACAGGAUUGUCUCGUGAUAUCUAAGUACCUCAACACCUAUCAAUCUCAAAUACUCUUCUCCCGUGACAAUCUUAUGUCGGGAAGAAGCGUCGGAGACUGGUCUUUGAAGUACGCUGGUUCGGAUGAACCUGUGCCUGCCAAAGAUGAUGUUAAUGCCCCUGAUCUCUAUAUUCCUUUGAUGGCUUUCAUAACAUAUAUAAUUGUUUCUGGAUUCGUUUUAGGAACACAGGGACGAUUUUCUCCGGAGAUGUUGGGCAUUCUCACGAGUAAUGCUUUUAUAUGGAUAAUCAUUGAAAACAUAAUCAUUUUUGUGAGCAAAUAUGUGAUGAACAUUUCGCAGAGCUUGUCAGUAUGGCAUUCGUUGGCGUAUAGCACGUACAAGUUCUUCGGGAUGAUCAUAUGUCUUCUGAUGUUUAUGGGUGGCGGAAAAACCUUCUACUACUGCACAUUGGUUUAUACAUCGCUUGCUCUCGUUUUCUCUGUUUGUUUCUUUCUGGUUGUGACCGCUUCGCUUUAUAAACUCAAUUAG